AAUAUUUAACCUAACUUCAAGAACUUUUUCUGUCAAUUCUGCCAUAUAACCAAAAUUGAUUUAUAUUGAAUAAAAGAAUGUACUUUUUAUAAUCUAAUUUCCCGAACACAGCAAAGAAAAUAUGAACACACUAAGAAUAUUUUCUAAAAUAAUACUUGAAAGUCCCCCCAUACCAGUUGUUUUAACUUCUGUAAGAUUCAAGUAUGUAGAGAAGCCUCCGAAUGGAGUCAACUACAGAAGAAAAAUCCACUAUCCUGAAAAAUAUACUAUUAAACCUUUAGAUGUCACCAACUUAGCUGGAAGACAUCCAGUUACUGGUAAACUAGUAAUUAAAGGUCUUGGUGGAGGUAUAAAGCACAAAUAUCAUUGGAUUGAUUGGAAGCGUAUAGGUCCUAAAGAAGGUCCCCCAUUAGAAGAACGGGUUAUAAAAAUAAUUGAAGAUGGAUGUCGUACCGCAAAUGUUGCUCUAGUUGCAUCUGGUCAAAAACUUCGUUACAUCUUAGCUACAGAGAAUAUGAAACCAGGUGAUAUAAUAAAAACAUCUGGUCAUAUUCCAAGAAUACCAGUGAGACCAAAUGAAGGAGAUGCUUAUCCUCUAGGAGCUCUACCAUUGGGAACACAAAUCCAUUGUAUAGAAAAAUACCCAGGUCUUGGUGGGUUUUUAGUUCAUGCUGCAGGAACAUAUGCUACCAUACUUAGAAAAGCAGAUAAACGUGUCAUUAUAAUGAUGCCAAGCAAAAAAGAAUUCAGUCUGCCAGAAAUAUGCAUGUGUACUGUUGGUAGAAUUGGUAAUAUUGAACAUUCUUCAAUUCCGAUAGGAUCUCCUAACAGAUUGAGAGAAUUAGGAUAUAGGCCUAGAUCAGGUUUAUGGCAAAGAAAAACUGGACGUCAUGGAAGAAAAAUCAAACCUCCUCCACCAGUAAAACUAAUUCAAGCGGAUGACAAGGAUGAGGAAAUCAUUCAGUUGACUUUUAAAGGAAAAUUUGUCAAAACUUUAUGUGCACAAUUUCAUUAUUAAAUGAAUAAUUAGUAGGUA